UCCGUCACAAUCGCAACCUCUUCCUCCCCUUCCCCUCCGUCGCAAUCGCACUGUCCCUUCCUAUCUCCACCACCGAGAAUGACUGAAACCACCCCACUCAGCUAACUUCUUCUCCCCCCCCCACUCAGUGUUAAUGAUUCUGUUUAGGCGGAUCCAAGUACACAAAUAGCCUCACCUCUGACGACGACGGUACCUGAUCUGCAUUGUCGGUUGUCUUCAGCAGUUAAUGGCUUCGCCGUCUCCAUAAAUGGAAAGAAGGGUUGCCGGGGAUGAAGAUACCACUGGGGGCGAAGCAGACCAUGGAGUUGGAUUGGUUGAGGGCGAAGGCUUUGCAGGAAUGGAGUUGGACGAGUACAAUUUACAGGAAGAUGAAAUAGAACACGAACAUCUGGUUGAGGGCGAAGGCUUUGCAGGAAUGGAGUCGGAUGAGUACGACUUUCAGGAAGAUGAAACAGAGCACGACCAUCAUGCAGAGGCCGAUGUCGACAAUGGGGAUAUGGUUGAAUUGGAAGCCAAUUUGGACAGCAUCGGAGGAAUGUCUGAUAAUUGUUCGGAUGAUGACUUGUACGCUGUUGAUUCCGGUGAAUCGAUAGGUUGGAUUGAUUUUUUGAACUUGAGCGAGGAGGAGGUUCUCCGCUUUAAUUUCACAAAUGUUGAUAUUGCAUUUGAGUUCUACCAGCAAUAUGCAAAGUACCAUGGCGUUGGCACGAGACGUUCCAGAAGCAAAAAAUGUGGCGAAGUAAGGAUACGGCAGGAGUUUGUGUGCCACCGACAAGGGUACUGA